AUGACCACCGAGAUGAGUUUAAUAAGUAUCCGGUGAAUCAUGGCUGGAUAUUCUUUUUUGCUACAUCUUCUGCUGACCGGCAUUCUGAGCUGGGCCUCUAAAGCACAUGAAGAAAGUACCACUGAAAUGGACAUCCAACCAGCCAAUCAGACUGAAGAUGCUUUAUUGAUUUCUGUGACAUCAGAAGGGCCUCUAUCAUUAACAACACCUGGAGAGGUGGAGGAGGACACUGUGCCAUCCACUGGCAGCCGUUGCCGAGGUUACUACGAUGUGAUGGGUCAGUGGGAUCCUCCUUUUAAUUGUAACGUGGGCGUGUUCCUGUAUUGCUGUGGCACCUGUUUUUACCGAUUCUGCUGCCAGUUCCGUCAGCAACGGCUGGACCAGACCUCUUGCUCUAAUUAUGACACUCCCAUUUGGGCCAACACUGGAAAACCUGUGGCCACCAACACCGAGGUCCAGCCAGACCAUGAACGAGAUCGCACCCAUAUGAUUGUGUACAUCAUCUGUGGUGUGGUGGCCAUCAUGGUCCUGGUGGGAAUCUUCACCAAACUGGGACUGGAGAAGAGCCGUGGAGGCCAGAAUGACCUCAGUAACUCCAGGACGCUGCAGGAAUUGCUGAAGCAACCGGGCGGUGAGGUGAGUCCCGUGGAUGGACCUCUAAGCACGACCCCCAGAGGAGCAAAUGGCAUCUCUGCCAGGAUGCUUCGCAGCCGCAGCGAACAGUACCAUCUAAACAACGCUGGUUUCUUUUUUGGUACACCCGUCGGACUCCCUCAUCCUGAAAGCAACCUCAGUAUACCAGGCCUCGCGCUAAACAAGUACACCUCUCUAAAAGCUGUCGCUAAUACUGCAACCCGAGACUACUACAAGAGUUAUCCAUUAAUGGAUUUCUCCCAACAUCAUUCCCCUCCUGCACGCUUCCAACCAAUGCAUACGCACCUAAAAGACAAGUCCUACCUUCACCAGGUUCUCCCCUCCCAUGACAUCCAUUCCCCCCUCUCCAUCUCAAUCCCAACCAACCAACUCGAGAGGUCCAGCAUCCCAAAGACAAUCACCCACCCUCAUCUUUCAAGUUCAGCCUUCAAAGCUUGGGAGUCUGGGCAAAGACAGGUGUACCGGCAGACCUCACAUCCAGGACACUCCAAUCGCAGACAGACUUCGGUCCACAGGAGGCAGUACAGUGAAGAAGUGCUGCCUGAGUUCUUCUCCCGGCCCUCGGGUUAUGGGGGACACCCAUUGUACCAUCCCUAUCACGAACUUAAGGCCUACCAGACGAACAGCAAGACAGAGGUCACUGUCUGAGCAAUGGAUGUGCAAAAGAAUACAAUGUCGUGAUUGUGUGGUCAUCUUUAUGCUGUAUAAGCACAACCUCAGGAUCAAUGAGUGGGAUAAAAGACACUUUUUACAGUUUGUUCUCCUGCUCAAGGACUGGGUCAAAAAACACAGAUGAGAUUUGUGCAUACAUUUCAGUAGGGGGUUAGUUUUUUUAUUUUAUCUUCUGUAAAUUGUAGUAAAAUUUUGUGACAACAUUUUAUCAGAACAAGCACUGUCAUUGUGAGAAGCAUAACAACAAGCAAUUUGGUUCCUGCGAGUUAUACACAUUGGAACAAACGAAUCAUGUUGAACAAAAUGUUUAAGUGAGUUUUUUCCUUACGGAUACAGAUUUUUGUCUAUGGCUGGUUGCCACAUAAUGUGAGGCUGAAAGAAUCCAGUCAGAUGCUCAAAGCAUCUGGACUAUCGACCUGGGAAUGACACCAAAAUCGUAUAGAGAAUGUGAAGCUGAUGUCACGCCCUAUGUUGCAUUUUGCAGUGCUGCCGCCAUCUUAGGAGGAUAAUGCUCCACUGCUAUUAUUGUUUUGAUAUGUACCGUUACUUGUUUUGUUUGAUAUAUGGAGAAUUCGAAAGUGAAAGAACUAUGGGCUUUUCCUGAACGACUCGGCGUAAUGCUAUUGCAGUUUUAACACAGCAAAACUGACCUACCAUAGUUAUAUUCCCUAAUAAAAAAACAAGAAACUCAAGAAAAACAAAACACUGCACUGAAUGCACUAGCAGCCAUCCUCCCAAGGUGGCACAACAUUCAAUAUGGCGUGACGUAGCUUCACAUUCUCUAUAGAACAAGCUAUGCAAUUGCAGAAUAUCAGCUCUAGUAUUUAAGGAAUAGCUCACCCAAAAAUGUAAAAUAUGGCAGAAUGUUGAUAACUUCAAAUCUUUAUCAUUGUGUUGCCAUAUUUAAAUUUAUUGUUUGCUCUUACGGCUUUGUUUUGGUCUUAUUUGGCCUAAAGAAGCUUAAUCGUUCUUAAUCGUUCAGACCUAUCAUUUCAUCCCAGAACACUCUUACUUUUAUAGAUGGAUGUGCUUUUUUCAACUUUAACAUUUUGGGACCUAUGUAUAUAAAGUAACUGCUUUUUUGUUUUAAAUAUAUAUAUAAACUUGUGUUCAAAUGAAGAAAGGAAGUCAUAUACUGUACAUCUAGUUUGAAACAACGGUAAGUUAUUAGAGAAUUUUAAAUUUGGGGCAAACUAUUCCAGUAACACUUAACUUCACAAUAAGGCUAUUUGUUAACAUUAGUUAAUGCAUUGGCUAACAUGAACUAAUGGUGAACAAUACUUCUACACCAUUUAUUAACCUUAGUUUAUGUUAAUUUUACCAUUGACUGAUACAUUGUUAAUCAUUUGUAAUUGUUAUUAAUGCAUCAUGGACUAACAUAAACAUUUGUAUUGAUAUGAAAAUCUACUGUAUAUUGCUCAUUGUUAGUUCAUGUUAGUUACAACUAAAUACAAGCUUAUUGUAAUGUAUUACUACUAUUCCUUUAAUUGCUGAAAUAAAUUUCUCACAGGCACUAGCUGUCAAGGUAAGCAUUGGUGUGUUUACCUUCAUGCUUGUAUUACAAAGUGGGUUAACCAAACAUUUACCUUAAAGACAAUGUAUCAAAACUAUAAGAUGUUUUUCAACACAAAUUAGCACUUGACUGACUGGAUUUGAUACCUGAUAACUGCCCUCUGCUGUAGGAUGGAUACGAAAGCUACAAAA